GUUCUCAUCCAGACUUGUCAGUAAUUUCGCCUGCCGGUCGGUAGCUAAAAGGAGAUGAGCGUGUUCGGAGGCGACAGCUGGGGAAGAGAGGCGCAGUACAGGAAGAGGAAAGUGGACGAUCUAUUGACUGAAAACCUCCAUGGAUUUUCCUACAAGAAGCUUCCGUCAGGAAAGUUCGCUUGCCUCGUCUGCCCUCACAACCCCGUUCUCGAUUCCCCUCUCAUGCUCUCUAUGCACAGUAAGGGCUCCCGUCAUGUGGCUGCGGAGGCCAAGCUGAAGGAGAAGGAACCGAAGACACGUGAUGAGAAGAAUAAGAGGCUACCUGCAUCAGCCUCGAGUUCUGCUGUGAGCUCCACUAAACUGGCUAUUUCCAGCAAAACUGUUAGGUCGCCAGCAGUUAUCGGACCACUCAAAGAACAAGCAGGAAAGGCUGCAUCCGAGCUGAUUUCGCUCCAUAAGAACAUAAUUUCGGUGCAGAACAAAUCCGUGAACAAAAAUUGCCAUCUAAGCUCUGUUGGAGCAACUGCUAGUUCAAGGAACAAUGGUGAUGGUUGCUCAUUUACUUGGACUCAAGGCUUCCCUAAGCAGCAGCAAUCGAAUUUUCCAGUAUAUAGAGAGAGGGAGCUCAAGUUUACUGAAGCGGGAUGGAAACGUGAUGGCCAUGGGAGAUGGUACAGAGAUGAAAAUGUUGAAUUUGAUUCUGAUGAAGAAGACCCGAAUAUCUCCUUGGCUGCCUUCACAUCGUAAUAGCUCUGUCUCUUGACAAUUCCCUUCGUAGAAAGGCUACAACAUGCUCUAGCAAGCCAAGUAUGGGGGCACAACUGAAUAUUCUAACCACCCAACAAGGUAUUCAAUGUUGUUUGCCUUUAGCAUGGCUUAUUAUUCCAGAUGAAACAAGUGAAAAUUUUGACACUCACUGGGCUGGCUAAUGCCUUCUCUGAUCAUAAUAUUGGCUUGCGGCAAGGAUGUUGCCUUGUGCAUUAUAUGUAGCCCAUGCUUGUGGGCUUUCAUUCGUCCAGUUAUCAGAUUUACUUGUAUGACUUGGAAGUCACAGGAAUGCUGUUUGGUAGUAGCUAUGUAUCUAUGUCUACUCACAUCUACUUGUUUGUUGCUGAGGGUUGCUGUUUCAUUGUUAACAUGCACUUUCAUUGUGACAACUAGACAUGAAAUGCAACAUAGUUGCCUAUAUGAAUUCUUUUUACUUUCUUAUUUGGUGAUUACAUCAUGCGUUGCAUUUUCACUUUCUCUCAAAUGUCAAGCUAGAUGAAGUAAAAAAAAAAACAAGAACUAGUUACGCUAAUGGCAGAUUCCGUACCUAGGCGAGGAAAUGAAGCUUAUUUGCAAAAGUAAAAAGGGUUCCCCCUCUCCACAAAAUCUUUCCUAUCCUUGACACAAAAUCAUAUUUGCUCAAAAGAGAGAAAAAGGCCACAGAGCUGCCAAGGAUAUCCCAUGCCAUAAUAAUGAUCAAAAUAAAUUCUUUGCAAUAGUUCCAGAUAUCUAUUUCAAGAAAUAAAGCAAGUUGCAGGCAUUGCAGACUCCAUAUUCAUGAUUUCUUGUUGAACUGAAGGAAAUGCCUGCUCUACCUUUUUCUUCAGCCAGUCUACUCUCUACUUGUUUACAAAACUUGCACUUGCAUUAGUUGCAUGUGACAGAAGACAUGAAUGCAUUUUCACCCCAAAGGAAAAGACAUAAAAGCAUCUUGUUUGUCAAGCUUUUGAAAGAGGUGACCAGUCUGAGUUUACGAAUCGUUUUGAUUUCCUGUUUAGUCCAAGUAUUACUGUUUGAGACCAUGUGUAAUACGUUUAAUACAUACACGUAAUUCAACUUCCUAGAUAAACAUUACCUUGCACUGAAAAUUGCUUGUAUCACCAACUUUAGUAAAGCUGGUCCUCUUGCUGCAUCAGAUUUCAUAAUCAAUUAGAAAACCUGUCUCUAUUGAUGUUAUCUGCAAAAAAAAAAAAAAAAAAAAAGUGGCUGACAUAGUGAGUGACAUUAGAGAGAGAAGGCUGCUUCACAAAAGACAAUGGUCAGUCAACUCAAUCUUGACAAGAUCUUACUUAGGUUUGUAAAUGGAACAUCUUGGUCAAAAGGAAACACGAAACAGAUAUUCCUAAAUUAGUACUACGACUCCCAGGACCCCCUCAGAGAAGUAUAUUGGUCAGAAGAUCUUUAGGACAGUUCUAAGGCAAUCUCGAUGCAGACCCAUAUUCAUGAUUUUCUCUUUCGGCACCACUGAAAAGCUGAGAACCUGCUCUCUGCCUUGCAGCUUCAGAACUGGGAAAAGGGUUUGAUGGGUAUUUAUU